ACUUCUCCUACACCGUCACUCAGUUCAGUCAAUAUGGCCUCUCCACCCGAGCCGGAGAUCGUUCUCUACGACCUGGCCUGCACAAAGAACGUCUGCUUCUCGCCCGUGGUCUGGCGCAUCCGCCUCAUGCUCAGCUACAAGCGCAUUCCCUACCGCACCAUCUUCCUCGAAUUCCCCGACAUCGAGCCGACACUGAAAGAGCUGUACGCCAUGUCUUUCAUCAAUAAUCAUUAAACCACUAACAAAGGUCUAUUGAUGCAGCGGCAUCCCCCCAGCCACGACAGAAUCACCAAUAAAAUACACCGUCCCCACAAUCCACCACAUCCCAAGCAACAAACACAUAAUGGAAUCCGCGCAAAUUGCAGAAUUUCUCGAAUCAACAUACCCCUCCCCAUCGGUUAUACUAACCUCCGAACUUGGUCGCGAGAUCGAAUCCAAGGCGCGCGCCAUCAUCGCGACUCAAUUCGGCAAAUCCCUUCUGCCAAGGGAGGUAUACAUCCUCUCCCCGCGGGCGGGGGAGUACUUCCGCAAGAGGCGCGAGACCAUGAUCGGACGGCCACUCGAGGAGUUACUAGAGAAUGAGGAGCAGGCCUGGGACGCGGCGGACGGGGAUCUGCGCUCUAUCAGCGAUUUAAUGCAGAAGAAUAAAGCCAGUGGACCGUUUGUGCUUGGGGGACAGCCGAGUUAUACUGACUUCUUUAUCGCCGGGGCUCUCCAGAAUGCGAGGGUCAUCGAUGAGGGGGUGUUUCAGCGGAUUUCUAGAUAUGAUGGGUAUAGGCAGGUUUAUGAGGCGUGUUUGCCGUAUAUGGAGAAGGAGGAUUGAAUUGACGUUCUCCGGCUACAUUGAUGCGUAAAUGAUACUUUAUAUUGCUAUACCUAAUUUAGUCCCGUUAACCUGGCUGGCAAUCUCGACUUAGCGCCUCUAUUGCUUGCGAUAGAUUAAGGGUUCAGAUGAAGAAGGUGCAGUGAAGGGAGACAUGUUUGAUAGGAAGGGGCAACCGGUCCAUCGCUCCUGCCUAUAGAUCUAAUAUACCAAAAUAGGAAGCCACGACUGAAUCAGGUUAUUUGGAAGAUGCC